AUGCCCGAUGAUUACGCGGAGGACGAGGGUCACGGAUAUGCUCUUGAAGGUGCGCAUUCUCAUGGCCACGUGGAACAAGGCGUUGACCGUUUUGUAGAUUCUAGGUCCCCAUAUCGAUCCUCGGCGCAGGAGAUCCUUAGACCUCUUCAAUCUACAGCAGACCGUGUGACUAAACAAGUGGAGGAAUUUGCAAAAGCCAUGGACAAGUUUGUCACAACUCGAGAACCCGAUGACGAUGCACUUUGGGAAGAUGCUCUAUCACUCCUGGAAGCGUAUAGCAGCAUAGGUGCCAGUCGCAGAGAUCUAACAUCCAAGAGUGAUCCAGAUGCACAGAUCCAGAAGAUUCAACUCGAAGCAGACUUGUGGUUGCUUGUCAGAAAUAUCCUCUCCAUCAGCUCCCCCGAGGCAAGAAACCGUGAAAAAACCGCACAGGAAUCUCGGAUGGGUGAACUCAACCGGUACUCACCAGGUGCCCUACUAUGGGAAGCCUUCCUCGAUUCAGACGCGAUUGCUCAGGACUAUGAAUGUAUUCUGGAUUGGCUGCAGGAGAGGGAAAUUACCACAGGAACACCCAUGGACGACAUCGUGCGCAUCUUGAAUUCUAAAUCCAAUCGUGGAGAUGGAAUAUGGAGUGCUGGACCCAUAUACACUCAAUCCGAAGUCAAAAAACAAAAGCGAGCCAGAGUCCUAUCGUCCCCACUUAAUCCUUCGCUCCCUGGUCUUAGAGGCAACCAUACACGUUCUUCUGAUGGCAAGCCACUAGUCGCCCAGCUCGACCCCGAUGCGCAGACUCGAGAAAACGCCGUGCUUCAAGAAGAGGACGAGUUCCAUGAGCAGGCUGCCUGGCGGACCUACUGGGAAAUGCUCCGACGUGGCCAAACUCCUCGUCAAAUCCAAGCCUGGUGGGCUGAACGCAAAGAAAACUGGCGUUAUGCCGAACUUUGUGGGAGUGCCUCAUCCAAGGCGCCAGACUCUCCAUGGCUACGAAUUAUCAAUACUGCUUCGAAUCCCGGCUGGGCGCAGCGCUGUGAAGCUCUCUCACGGGACAUGUCUCUCGACGAAUAUCAACGAGCGGUCUACGGCAUGAUUGCAGGCAAUGUAAAUUCUUCUGAACCGAUCAAUCAGACAAUCGACGAUCAUCUGUUCGCCAUCUUCAAUGCUCUUCUCAUCGAAAGAUACCGAGCCUACGUGCAGGCGUGGCAAACCAGAUUAACCCAGUCUGGAUCAACGACAUACCAUCCACAGGCUGCCUCAAAAACUCAGUUGCAGCGAUUCUUCACAGAAGCCUUGUCAAGCGAUGAAUCACGCCAGCCACAUAAGUUCUUGGAGCUUGCAAUUGUUUCAAAGAACUUUUCUGGCUUUCUGCUGGAGAUGGGACGGGCAUCUGCUCAGAUCGCGCAUCGACACGGCCUUAGCUCACACCUGAUACAGAAUGACACAACGCCAGUCAAUGAACUUGCCUUGAUCAAUGCACAGGACCCAGAUACUGUCCGAUUUGUGGCCCAUUUCCAACUAGUUCUACAAUCACUGGGCUUGUUGGAGUCUAAUUUCGCUGAGGAUGAGUACGCCAUGGAAAAUAACAUCGCUAGCUACAUAGGUUGGUUGGAAAAGGAGGGUAAGUUCUCCUUGAUACCAAUUUACGUCGCAAAACUCUCAAGGCCAAGAGGCGAGCAUGUACUUGCUUCUGUUCUGGUCAACAUCACAAAUGAGCAAGAGCGAGAAACGCAGGUGAAGCUCAUCAAACAAUACAAUCUCGACAUGUCUGCCAUUGCCUAUGGUGUAUUUACCCUAGCCAACUAUGAUGCGAUUCAAAGAUUGAGGGCAGCAGAUGGUCCACCCACCACUUCAAGGAUUACGGAACCCAGAGCCGCGGGCAACCCUGGACAGCUCAGGAUGAAACGCCACCUAAUGAGUGGUGAGAUUUCCGAAGAUGAAGAGAAGGCCAUACGAAGCGUGGAAUGGUAUCGUUUCGUUGACGCUAAGCGAUGGGGAAGUGCAGCGUGGUCUGUUUCCCUUCUUUACAAGAUCUUCCUCUACGAAGGCAGAUUUGCAGCUCUCCGUCAACUCUUCUCACGAGUUCGUCUGAGUGAUGUGUCCUUAUCUGCUGUCGGGAUGAAUCUCCUCUUCGCAGAUCAAGAGCCACCAACAGAGGAAGUGGAAUCACAAAAUGGAGAUACCGACGAAGAACGCGUGAUCUCCGCCAGUCCUGUCCGGAAGAGAAAGAGUUCAUCUCAAGACCACAUUUUGAUACGAACGGGUAGUGACCGAGCAACACUUGCGUUGAAAUCUCGAAUCUGGAAAGAACUGGAGGACCUCGUAUCCAUCAUUGACGGCCUGGAAGGAUUCCAAGAAAUCGUGGAUGAUCUAGAAGAGAACCGCAGCAAUCCUACCUACGUCCGAGCCAUGAAACGUGAAUUAAGAGCAGCACUCGAAUUGGUCAUCGAGCGAAUACAACCCAUUUUCGACCACGAUUGGUUAUGCCAACCUCAGGAUGAAAUGGAGGGAGUUCUCCUGCACGAUCUUCGUAACCACUACAUCCCAGACUGUAUUCUAGCGUACAACAGCACUCUCUUCUUUGCAGGCCACGCUUUAUCACGAGCAUAUCUCGUUGAGUGCAUGGAUCUCGCACAGCAGGUGGCCACAAAUCCGAUGCUGACUGCAGCUUUUGUGGAAAGUGGACGAAUGAGGGAACUGGUGCAAGCUUUCGCGCUUGAUAGCCAGGCUCUAUUACGUGCCAACGAGCAAGGCGGAAUGAAACCAAAGAGAAAGGCCGAGCAGGGCAACAGUGAUAUCUGGAAUGUGACAUGGAAAGAUCAAGGGAACAACAACAUGGACCUUGAAGCUUUGGAUUGA